CAGAGUUCACGUGCUCCUCCUGUAGCGGUGCUCGUGCUGUUUACCUCUGACCGAUCUGACCCGGACUGACCCGGACCAGACCCGGACCAUGCUCCCGGGGCUUCGGGCCUCGCUGCUCGGCCUGCGCGCCUGUGUGAGCGCCGCGUCCCGGAGGUCUCUGCACCGCGGGGCGCCGCUCUCCCACGGCCGUCUCCGGAGCCUCGGCGGCCGGACUCACGGACACAGCUGCACCGUGGACCCCGCACUCACCGAGCAGUUUGUCUUUGAGGACUGUGUGGACCCCAAACAAGACCAGGACCCGGACUUGACAGAUUUGUUCCAGUUGCCUCCUGACCCUGAACCUUUGACGCCCUGUGACCCCGUGACCCCAACACACAGGAAGAGGCGGGGCUUGGAACGGCAGCUGCAGGCUCUGAAGUCCAUGGUGAACCAGGACCAGGACCAGAACCAGGACCUGAUCCACUUCCACGACUCCCCAGGUCCAAAUCUGAGACCAGAUCCUGGUCCAGAUCCAGGUCUAGACCCAAGUGCUGGGUUCUCGUCCGUCCCCUGCUCUGGCUGUGGGGCUCUGCUGCAGACUGUCGACCCUGUGGUCCCGGGGUUCCUGCCUCCACACCUCUUCAAGAACCUCCAGGACCAGAACCAGGACCAGGGCCAGAGCCAGGACCAGGACCAGAAACAGGGCAAGACCAAAGGCAAACCCAAGUCCAGUUCAGAGCCGAGUAUGUGCCAGCGCUGUCACCUCCUCACGCACCACCAGCAGCUCCUGGAGGUCACGCUCGACCAGGAGCACUUCAGAAAAACUAUCUCGUCCAGAAUUCGCUCGGCCCGGGUCCUGGUUCUCCUGGUGGUGGACUUGGUGGAUCUGCCCGACUCCAUCAUCCCAGACCUGAAGGACCUGAUUGGAACCAACAAACAGGUGGCAGUAGUGGGCACUAAACUGGACGUGCUUCCCGUUUUGACUCCGCUGGACGUGAGCUGCGUGAAGAGGCGUCUCCAGGAGUACAUCCACACCGUCACCGGGUACCAGCCCCUGUCCGUCCACCUGGUCAGCGCCAAGACCGGGUACGGGAUCGAGGAGCUGGUGUCCGGGCUGCAGCGGGUCUGGAGGCACAAGGGCGACGUGGUGCUGGUGGGUUCUGCCAACGCCGGGAAGUCGACGCUCUUCAACGCCCUGCUCCAGUCCGACUACAACAGACUGUUAGGAUCCAAGAGGGCAACAGAGUCACCAUGGCCCGGGACGACUCUGAACCUGCUCAAGUUCCCCAUCCUGAACCCCACCCCCGCCCGACUCCUCCGACGCCAGCAGAGACUGAAGGAGGAAGCCCUGCUGCUCCAGAGUACUGCACCUGAUAAUACACCUGGUACUACAGCGGGUACAGAGGAGAGGAGGGGCCAGGGGCACGGGUACGUUUCAGGUAAUGUCGGGAGAACAUUCAAAAACAUCUCCAAACCCACAGAGAUCGAGUUUGAUCCAGACCUGCUGGCGUUUGGAGAAACAGAAGAUGGACUCAUGACCAGACCAGUUGCAGAGAAAAUUGAAGAGGAACUGGCUCCACACCUGGCGAAGGACGCGCACUGGCUCUACGACACUCCAGGAAUCCUCAAAGAACAAGAUAUGCUGAAGCUGCUGACGGAGCAGGAGAUCCGCUCCGUGGUCCCGGUCCAGGCCCUGGUUCCUCGGACUUUCGUGCUCAGACCAGGUUCUUGUCUGUUUGUGGGAGGGCUGGUGCGCAUCGACUUCAUCAGCGGCCCCAAGUCGGUGUGGUUCUCGGUUCUGGUCUCUAAAGACGUCCCGGUGCACGUGUCCAGCGUGGAGAGGGCGGACGGCGUUUACGAGAAACACGCAGGGGAGAAGCUGCUCGGGGUGCCCAUGGGAGGAGCUGAGCGGAUGAAGACUUUUCCUAAACUCAUCCCCAACGACGUCCAGAUUGAAGGGAAGGGCUUUGACGAGGUCGCGGUCGACAUCAAGAUCUCCUCUGCAGGUUGGGUGGCUGUGACUCCGCCUCCCGGUGAUGUCAUCAGCGUGAGGGUGUGGUCUCCGGAGGGCGGCGGGGUCACUGUGCGAGCGCCCUCUCUGCUGCCCCGUGUGGUGACGCUGAAAGGAGCACGCAUCAAGAAGUCCGCCGCCUACAAAACCCGCAAACCCCCCACGACGCCGCUGACCAGCCAAUCAGGAGCCGGGAAGAAGAAGAGCAAGAAGUGACACGCUGAUGCUGCGGCGUUCAAUUUGGGUCAGGAUUAUGAAUUCUUUAAAGGUCCUAUAUUAUGCAAAAUUGACUCUUGUGAGCUUUUAUGUUGUUUCCUCAUCAAAAAAAGCAGUUUUGUUUCAUUCACGCAUGUUUGAGUUAGAGUGUGGAUCAGGACAAAUUUUUCGGUUCAAGCCUGAACCGUGUCCGACAGAGCAGUGAUCGAAUCCAACACAAGCCCCAUAGGCAUCAAGAUAUUUGUAUAAAACCUUUUCAAAUGAAGCGCUUGGACCUCCAGAGGAUAAUAAACAGGAGAUAGAGCACAGUGGUGUCUUUGAGGAAGGGAAGUCAAUUUAAAGAUACAAAAAACCUAAAGCACUCACUGGUUAAAAUAAAAUGCCUUUAUUAAUUUACAGCCUGCCUUAAUUAAUUAAUUAAUUAAUCACUGCAUUUAUAUAGAGCCUUUCAAGAUACCCAAAGUGCUUUACAGUUCAUUAUUCAUUCACUCAACACUCAGUGGUGGUAAACUAGUAUUGUAGCCACAGCUGCCCUAGGGCAGACUUACUGAAGCAAGGCUGCCAAUCUGUGCCAUCGGUCCCUCCAUCCACCACCAUCUCUCAAACACACAUCACUUUUAUACUAGGCAAUGUGGGUGAAGUGUCUUGCCUAAGGACACAAUGACAGUUUUUGUGUCUGGCGGCACGGUGGCUGAGUGGUUAGCACUCAUGCCUCACAGCAAGAAGGUUCUGGGUUCGAUCCCCGGGUCGCCCAGGCCUUUCGGUGUGGAGUUUGCCUGUUUGUCUGGAUGGGUUUCCCCCAUCAACCCAAAAAAACAUGCUACAAGUCUCCAUAAACAGUUGAUAGUCAUGGUCAGUUAAAUACAAUCAAUUCAAUCAUUGUGUCCUUGGGCAAGACACUUCACCCACAUUGCCUAGUAUGAUGAUGGUGUUGGUCGGAGGGACCGAUGACGCCAAUUGGCAUGGCGGCCGUGCUUCUGUCAGUCAGCCCCAGGGCAGCUGUGGCUACAAUAGUAGCUUACCAUCACCAGGGUAUAGAGUGAAUGAAUAAUGCUGAAUAAUGCUCUGUAAAGCUUGCGAACAAAAAAAAUGUCUGUGAAAAGCGCUAUAUAAAUACUUACUUGCUUACUGGCGCCCCCCUGUGGCACCUGGAAUUCCCAGCGGUCUCCCAUCCAAGUCCUGACCAGGCCCGGCCCUGCUUAGCGUCUGAGAUCUGACGGGAUCAGGCUUUGUAUAUGACUUUGUAUGGCCACUGGUCUUAAUGGAAAACUUACGAAGUCCCAACGCGUGUCAGUCUAUGGCUUUCCUCAGGGGACAACCAUAGACUGAAAUGUGUCAUGUAAAUUGCCCAUUGCCCGUAAAUUAAUAAAGGCAUUUUAUUUUAA